AAGAUAGAAGGUUAUCCAUAAACCCAACACAGAGGAAAAGCCGAGGGUUGGUGAGUGUUUGUGAACGAAAAGAGACGCAGAAGAAGUGAUAUUUUUCUUUCUGGAUAAAUCAUAAUCAUGCCACAUGAGGAAACGAUUAAGAAAAUGCUGCCUAAGACGUAUCUUCGCAAACAUGUGGCCAGUGAAAUAAGCAUGGUGCUGACUCACUUCAAAAGCCUUGUGCCCAUGAUGGAUAGAUACGUUUACAACGAUGGAGCCACAAAGGACUUGAUGAGUCUAACUGGAACCAUUCCUGUCAUGUAUAGUGACAAGACUUACAACAUCCCUGUGUGCCUGUGGAUUGAGGAGACCUACCCCCAAACUGCUCCCAUCUGCUACGUCACACCUACACGUGAGAUGAUGAUCAUCAGUGGGAAGUUCAUCUCCAAGAAUGGUGAAGUUAUGCUGCCGUACCUGGAGGAAUGGAAUGGUGAAUGUGACCUAACUGGCCUACUGCAGGUGAUGGUUGCCAUGUUUGGAGACUUCCCUCCAGUAUGUAUGCAGCCUCAUCCAGAGCCUGAACAAGCUCCUUGUUGGCUACAGUUCCAGAGAAAUGCAGAGGUGCUUUCAAAGACAGAUGGAAGUUUGUAUCUGCAUAUAUCCACAGAGGAUGGUCUACCUUUUCAGCGAGAACAUGAAACCAACUGUUAAUAUUUUGUGGGAUUAGACAAGGAUAUUUUACUGUGUGUGUAGUGCCUGUGAUGAAGUGGUAAUCCUGUAUACAGUGUUAGAUGGUAUCCAUUUAUUAUGUUAUGUUACUUUGUUGACAAUUUCAGAAAAAAUAGCAUGUUGCUUUCUAUUCUUCAAAUGAUUUAGAGUGCAAAUAUCAAGCAGCACCUGAUGAAAUGAAAACACAUUGACUGUUUGGUGUGUAUGUACUGACGUCAUUUUAAUAUGCUUUUGUAAUUUGGCAUUUGAAUGCCUGUGUGUAAAAGGCUCCAAUUGCUUUACAAGUGGCUCAUAAAACUGUACCUUGACCUCAACCAAAAGCAUUUAUUGUGUUCUUAUCCACAAAUGUUGUGGACUUUUGACCAGUAAACAGAAAUGUUGGUAAUUUAAAGAACACUCACGCAGCUGUGUGCAGCCCAAAAAACCUGAUAACUAAGAACAAAAAGUAAGGAAAUUUGUGUUUAGUAGAUUAUUUCUUUGUUGUAACAAUGCUUCUUGGCAAAAAAUCUUAGAAAGCCUGUUUAUUUCCCUUUUAAAUGGUGCCACAUUUGUAAGGAACAUGCAUUUGUGGGAUGAGCAGCAGAGCUGAGCAUGUGGGUUGCGCCCAUGAAAAAUUUGUCAAAUCUUCUCUGCCAAUGCCGAACAGCUUUUUUUUUUUUUUUUUUUGCUGUUGACUCUUGUUUGGUGUUGUUUGGUGGAUUGGAUGAUUGAAGUCUGAAGAAACAAGACAUAUUGACAGUCUAACAAUUUAUUCAUUUAACAAACAGGAGCCUCAGUAGCGCCAUAGUAGUGACUUGUUUCGUAAAAAGUUGCAGUGGAAGCGUUAGCUAUUAACCUCAACUUUUUACACAGAAAAUUAAGUCAAAACUUUCCCCAAGGACAGGACGAUGAAGGUCUCUGUAAGUAAAGAGUAUGGUCUAGACACUAUAUGAAAAGUGUCCUGAGAUAACUUUUAUCAUGAUUUUGAGCUAUAUGAAUAAAAACUGGCUUGUUGUAUAAAGUAACUGAUUGAUUCUGGUAUUGUAAAUAAUGAGUAAUUGAGGGAUACGUUCAAUAGAAAAAAAAAAGUUUUAUAAAAUGACUUAGUAGACUACACUUUAGAUUUUGCCCUAUAUGUGAUGUGUGAUAAAAACUCACCAAAUUGGGACCAAGCCUUGGGAACCACACAUCUACUGAAAAUUUAAUAGAAAUGCUAAAAAACCACAGGCCUUUACAUCUAUAUAUUGGUCCUUGGCUUUUUAAUGUCUAAUAUCUUGAUCUUUUGUGCAUCUCGCCUGUUUUGUUGCUUUUGUUGUUUAAAAAAAUAUAUGUUUCUCUCUUGAAUGCUGUUUAUUUUGUAUUAACUGUGUUGUAGUAAAGCCUAAUUUC